CAAGUCAGAACUGGUGGACUGGCGCUGGAAGGAGGCGGGCGGAUCGCCUGCUCCUGUACCGCGGACAGGAAAGCGACAUACGAAUCGGGGAAGUUGGUUUAUUUGGUGCUUCGCCGGACCGGCUUGUUUUCCAAACCGCGACUUCAAAAGCCAAGGCCUCCUCUCGCACCAUGAACCUUCCCCUGGCCCCCCAGCGGUAAGCAGGACGGACGAGAGAUGGCCGACCGCGAUGGCAGGGCUGAGGUGCCAGUUGCACCGGGCCAGACGUACAUCGAGGUGGAGUAUGACUACGAGUAUACGGCCAAGGACAAGCUGGUGAGCAUCCGGCAGGGCGAGUGGUACAUGCUGGUGCGCAAGACCAACGACGACUGGUGGCAGGUGCGCAAAGACGAGGACGCCAAAGCAUUCUAUGUGCCGGCCCAGUACGUUCGCGAGGUCCGCAAGGCCCUGAUGCCGCCCGGCAAGUCCCUGCACCCCGUGAGCCCGAGCCGGCUCAAACCGGAUGUCUUGGAGAUCCGGCGGUCGGACGAAAAUCUGAACAGGCCCCAGGAGAUGUCCAGCUUCGGGCGGGCCGGGUGCGGCCGGCCCAGCCCACCGUCACUGCACCGGGACACCAACCAGAACUUGGACAGCUUUGGCGGUGUGCCAGAGAGCGUCCAGAACAACAACCUGAACCAGUACGCCGGGCCCGGCUUCAUGCACAUGCGGCCUGACCCACCCAAUGCCAGGGCUCCGGACUUUGUCCGCUCCCCCGUGCUGGUGAGGCGGAUCCUGCUAGAGCAGGAUGUGGAUCGUGCGCCGGUGUUUAGCGACCUCACCGCUGAUGGCCCAGAGAAACUGAGGAACGACUCGGAGUCCGGGGACGACCUGAGCAGCAGUUCCACGGAGCCCAUGCAGACGGUCUCCCCCAUGGGGGCGGGCAUGGCAGAGUCUCCGGUAUACACCAACCUUCAGGAGCUGAAGAUCUCGCAGUCCAGCUUGCCCCCACAGCCCUCGAGCUCGCCGGUACAUGCGCUUGGUGACUGGGAGACCCACCGCGACACCAGUGGCCGCCACUUCUACUUCAACCGCGCCACGCAGGAGCGGACCUGGAAACCGCCUCGUGCCCGUGAUGCCACCAGCAGCGGGCAGGCCGAGACCCCAGGCUCCGCCGGGGACAUCGAGCCUCUGUCCUUGGAGGAAAACUGCUACAGUACACACUCCAGCCAGUCAGACAGCCAGUAUGGGUCACCCCCCUGUGGCUGGUUCGAGUUGCUGGAUGAGCAUGGACACACUCUGUAUGUCUCUGAAUACACCAAUGAGAAGUGGAUAAAGCAUAUGGACGACCAAGGCCGGCCGUACUACUACAGCGCCGACGGCUCCAGGUCCGAGUGGGAGCUGCCCAAAUACAGAGCCUCCCUCCCGCAGCCCAUGGACGUGUCCAAGAGCCACAGUCUGGACCGGAAGCAGCCCGACCCCAUCGUGUUGACCAAGUGGAGGCACAGUACCUGCAUGUUAGACCUUAAUGACAAGGAGACCCAGACGGGCCCAAAGCAAGCCUCCCCAGAUUCUGACUCCUGUCCCUCAUCUCCCAAGCACCCCAUCUGCGUUAGUAUACCUUCAUCCUCCUGCCCGUCGGAGAAAUGCGGCGUGCUGAACGUCACCAAGAUCACAGAUAAUGGGAAGAAAGUCAGGAAAAGCUGGACCUCUUCAUGGACAGUGCUGCAGGGCACCUCCUUGCUGUUCGCCAAGGGCCAGGGAGGCGGGACCAGCUGGUCGUAUUACCGCAGCGGCUCAAUCCCCGAGCUGCUCUUCUCGCUGUUAAGCACCUGGAAGCGGCCGGCUAAGGCGCGGCGCGCCGUGUCCUACGGCCUUCCCGGGCUCGUCCCCACCGCCACUAAGUUUGGAGGGAAUCAGUCCAAGCCUGAGUUUACGGUGGACCUCAGAGGCGGCUCUGUUGAGUGGGCUUCCAGGGACAAGUCCAGCAAGAAGCACGUCAUUGAGCUGAAAACUCGCCAAGGGACCGAGCUGCUGAUUCAGUCGGAGAUAGACAGCGUCAUCAAUGACUGGUACAAGGCCCUGGUUGAAACCAUCAGUGCCCAUGCCUGGGAGUCAGAUGAGGCCAUUGAAGAUGACUUCCCAGAGUCUCCGGGGGUCGAGAAGCAGGAUAAGGAGAAGGACCACCGGGACAAGAAAAACAGAGCCUUGAAGAGCUCUUCCAGCAUAGACUCGGACCAGAAGAAGACCAGGAUGAAGCUGAAGAAGUUCCUUACACGCCGUCCCACCCUGCAGGCAGUCCGGGACAAGGGCUACAUCAAAGAUCAGGUAUUUGGCUGCAGCCUGACCAGUCUCUGCCAGAGGGAGGACACCACAGUGCCCAACUUCGUCUGCACAUGCAUCGACCACGUCGAGCGCACAGGGCUGAACGUUGAUGGUCUGUACCGAGUCAGCGGGAACUUGGCCGUCAUACAGAAGCUUCGCUUUGCCGUCAAUCACGAUGAGAAGGUUGAUCUGAACGAUGGAAAGUGGGAGGACAUCCACGUCACCACAGGCGCUCUGAAGAUGUUCUUUCGGGAGCUUCCGGAGCCGCUCUUUACUUAUGGCCAGUUCAACGACUUUGUCAAUGCCAUCAAAUGUUCCGACUACAAGCAACGUGUGCAUUCAAUAAAAGAUUUAAUCAGGCAACUGCCGAAACCGAAUCAGGACACGAUGCAGGUGCUCUUCAGGCACCUCAGAAAGGUGGUUGAGCACGGUGAUGCCAACCGCAUGACGACACAAAGCAUGGCCAUCGUGUUUGGGCCCACGCUACUGCGACCCGAGACUGAGACAGCCAGCAUCGCCGUGCACAUGGUCUACCAGAACCAGAUUGUGGAGCUCAUUCUGCUGGAGUUUGAUGGUAUCUUCGGCAGCCUUUGAAGAAACGGCAGGUGCCGUGGGAGUGCAGCGGAGCGGGCGGAUGAAGUCGUCUUCAGAAGGUGCGUUUUAGGAAUGAAGAAGCUGCUUGUAAAGAGGAAGACUACUUCUGCCACCAUUUGAACAGAGCCAAAUAAUUUCUUACAGCUUUCUUCCUGUGGAAUGGCACGUGGGAACAGUGGGUCAUCCGGUUCCGACCUUGUGGAUUCGACGGUCUCCUUCCGCCUGUCGGCUGUGUACCUCCUUUCUGAAUUAUUUUUUGUUUGUUUUAAUUUCCCAGUUCUCUGGAAGAGUGGUACUGAACAGAGCGUUACGCAGGUUUGUCUGUACAGUCUCUCUGUGAGGAAAUGGCGCUGCAGAAACCUCUUGUACAGGGUUUUAAAUCCUGGAAAUUUCUGGAAAAUGAAGUAUGACUGCUUUUGAAGGUGGAUGGUGACAACUGUAGGGAAAACAUAAGAUAUUUGAAUAAAUGAUGUCGGGAGUCAGUGGUUGAGUGGUCUGAGAGUGAAGGUCUUUCGUGUCUGUCUUUCAGGAGCCUGUCCAGCUACUUUAUCUGUGAUGUUUUUUUUUGACUAACUGCUGUUUGAGGCAUUGCUGUAUGUAAUCUGAAUAAAGAAGAGUAAAAUAUUAA